AUGGUCAACAACAACCAUGGACGCUCGAUCUCUGCCGACAGGUCGUUUAGGGGAAAAGAGGUGACUCAUGAUUUAGGGGCGCAACACUUGAUACGGCUCCCUGUUCGAUCGGAAGAUUGGCGCGCGUCUAUUCGCUCCAAUUGGGUUAGCGCCCAGAAAUGGUCCGACCAUCCACGAGGGGUGACAGUAUUUUCGUCAACAUUUGCGGAUCCAGGAUUGGGCUCAAUUAAAUUGGAAUGGAAGAUGGGGCGCGGAGAAAACGCGAACAAGAAGGUGAAGCAGAUGGCGGCCAUUGAAAUCGAUCGUGAAAACUGCAAAGAGAGUUCCAGAAAGGCGUUGUCGACGACAUUUAUGGACCAUGUGUGGUGUGGGAUGCGGCCGAGAAUCGGACAAGUUGCCCAGCCAUUUUCAUGCGCAUACCAGUGUAAAUGCCUACGAGGAAAUUGCUGCAUCGUCUUCGCAGCUGCUAGACAGGCAGGAUAA